AUGCCAAAUUCAUCAAAAAGUGUGAGAGGGCUAACAGAUUUCCUGGACUUUGAAACACGUAAUACAAGGUGGAACAAACUAAAGUCCAAAACAGACAAGGAGAUUCAACUUCCUGUCAAUCUUCAGAGAUCGGAGUCGAGAAAUGAAACGGAGCUAGAAGAACUUCCUCAGAACGAGGCCGAUUAUGUAGAGGAGGAGGAAACCAUUACAGUAGAGUAUUGUAAUCUGACUUCACAGAGGGUCUCCAUAGAACAGUUUUUAAGGGAAUUACCGGAGAAAAGACGCACCGGUACACUAGAAAAAGAAUUUUAUGACCUUCCAAAUGGAUUACUAGAAUCCUACUCGAACGCACUUAAAACGUCCAGCAGGAACGGGAACAGAUACAAAGGCAUUUAUCCCUAUGACUAUAAUCGCGUGAAGCUGAUCAGAGCGGAACCUGAAAAAGACGAUGACUUUGUUAAUGCUUCAUAUAUUCACGGUUUCAACAAAGAACGUGCUUACAUAGCCGCACAAGGUCCUUUCAAUCCAAAGACAUUAGAGGAUUUUUGGACAGUAAUAUGGCAGAACGACUCCACAAGAAUUGUUAUGUUGACCAGUCUGUACGAAGGUGAUAAGAUGAAGUGCCUAAAGUACUGGCCGGAUUCAGAACUGGACAUUGGACCAUAUACCAUCAGACUGGAUACAGUGGACGUGUAUGACAACUAUAUAAUGCGUUAUUUACUUGUCCAAUAUCAGGAAGAGGAAAAAAGAGUGACACAGUUUCACUUUACCACGUGGCCUGAUAACUCCGUCCCGGAGGAUCUGAUGUCACUCAUCUGCUUCCGAAAUUUGGUCAGGAAUGGGCUGACGUCGUCAGACGGACCAAUUGUUGUUCACUGCAGUGCAGGGAUUGGUAGAACAGGAACAUUUAUCUCCCUUGAUUAUCUUCUGGAAGAGGGCGCUGCUGAACAGACGAUUGACGUCAAAGGAUAUGUAGCUUCUCUUCGACAUCAGCGCGGGAAUUCUGUACAGACUUGCGAGCAGUACCUCUUUCUUCAUGACUCACUGAUGGAAGGAUUCACUAAUAAUAGUGUUUGCAGAAGCGUUUUGUCGGUACUUUAACCCCGGACUCAAAUAUUGUGUGGUAGACUUAUGCAAUCUUUCGUUGGGUCUAUGUUCGAGUUGCAAAAUAUUAUUUAAAGGAUGAAUGA